GUAGGAAACGGCUAGCAGUUUUUUUCCAGCUAGCGGUGUAAAGGGGCCACUUUAUCAAUGCUCCUACUACGGUUUAAUGUUUAAAUACUUCUCCUUUCGUAACCCCGGACAGCGUAGCGACCUUUCACAGGUCCAGGAAGCGGCGCAGAUUCACAACGGGUUCGCUAGUGUCAGUUAGAUAGUUGUAGGGGGGUUACCAGAGAAAGAAGUUGAAUGGAUCCGAGGGUAGCUUGGAUUCAGCCCGAACAGAAAGGACCUGCGAACGCCUUAUGGAUGCACGUCUGGGAGACCUCUCAGGGAGUACGGAGACUCUCCGCUCAGCAGCAGCUCCACAAUCAAAACCACAACCAGUGUGUGAAUUACGCUGCGUUGGAUGUUUUAAAAAAUGUGGCAACCGCGGUGGCAUCGAGCAAGAGCGUCUGCAGCGGCAACGGCAACGGCAACGCUGCUGCCAGUUUGAGCAACGGCAGCAGCCAUCACAGCAUCAUGAACGGCACUACUAACGUUAGUAUUAACGGCACUGCGAUAUCGUCGCUGGGGAUAGCGCUGUCCAACGGGAACGUACAUAACUCCUUCACCACGGCAAACACCGCGGACCCAGGUGAGGGGAAAGGCUUGCCCCAGAAGACGGGAUCCGUCUCCUCCUCGUCCUCCUCGCAGGAAUCCAGGACGGACAACCCCCCUUCCAGCUGCUCACUUGAGAGGACUAUGGGUGGAAAUGUAACGGGCAACAUUAAUAAAAACGUCGGGGGUGCCAAUAUGACUUUUAACGUGAGCGACAGCAUGGACAAUAAUGUCAACCUCUACCACCACCACCACCACCGUCACAUACAGGAGCACCCGGCUUUCAAUUUGCAGCAGGUUUGCGUGAAGCGCCACCAGGUUCACCCCUCUGUACCUGUAAACCAGACACACACUCACCACCCGGGCCGAAGGAAAAGUGACAACAAAGCGAGCACUUAUGGGAUGAAUUACUUGCUUUCAAACUGCACUAAUGGCAAUUAUGCGAGCACUUUGACGCCCUGGAAGACGAGGAAAUACAACCCUGGGGUUCUCGGACUCCACGAGGAGGUGAUGGACUUCUACAACUUCAUGUCUCCCCGGCCAGAGGAAGCAGCUAUGAGAAAGGAGGUGGUCAACCGGAUAGAGAUGAUCAUCAAGGAGCUGUGGCCCACUGCAGAUGUCCAGAUAUUUGGCAGCUUCAGCACAGGGCUGUACCUUCCAACAAGUGACAUUGACCUGGUGGUGUUUGGGAAGUGGGAGCGCCCCCCGCUGCAAGAGUUGGAACAAGCUCUUCGCAAGCAUAACGUGGCAGAACCUUUCUCCAUCAAAGUGCUGGACAAGGCUACAGUGCCAAUCAUUAAACUGACAGACCAGGAGACUGAGGUUAAGGUGGACAUCAGUUUCAAUGUGGAGACUGGAGUAAAGGCGGCAAGCUUCAUUAAAGAUUAUGUUAAGAUGUAUCCCGUGCUGCCUUACCUGAUCUUUGUGCUGAAGCAGUUUCUGCUGCAGAGAGAUCUGAACGAAGUCUUCACCGGGGGAAUCAGCUCUUACAGCCUCAUCCUUAUGGUCAUCAGCUUCUUACAGCUCCAUCCUCGUAUCGAUGCCAGAAACCCCAAUGAGAAUUUGGGCGUGUUGCUGAUUGAGUUCUUUGAGUUGUAUGGCCGCCAUUUCAACUACUUGAAAACAGGGAUUCGCAUCAAAAAUGGAGGCGCAUACAUAGCCAAAGAGGAGAUCAUGAAGGCCAUGACAAAUGGAUACAGGCCAUCCAUGCUCUGCAUAGAGGACCCACUGCUUCCAGGUAAUGAUGUGGGGAGGGGUUCCUAUGGUGCCAUACAUGUCAAGCAGGUGUUUGACUACGCCUACACUGUCCUAAGUCAUGCCGUGUCCCCGCUUGCACGGUCGUAUCCCAACAAAGACUCUGAAAGCACCCUGGGCAGGAUAAUCCGGUUGACCCAGGAAGUGAUCGACUACAGAGAAUGGAUCAUUAAGAAGUGGGGGGGCCGGGAUCCGGCUCGAACAGACAACAGAGUUUCACCUCCCAAGGAGCCAGUGUCAGAGCAGGAGCCCUGUGUGCUCCGUGGCGGCGUCGGGUCGGAGGAGCAGCAGAGGGACUCUGUGUCACCCCACAGCGCAGACUCGCCCAUGUCCAUCUCCAGCCCCCAGCAGAACUCUUCAGCCUCCUCUAUCUCCUCACUGUCCGGAUCAGACAACGACUCCGAUUCAACGCUGCCGUGUCCCGGCCCUCCGCCGGCCCUGCCGCCAUACCCGUCUUUCCCGCCUCUGGGCCUCGCCUUGCCACCACGCCUCAGCAUGGGCACCGGCAAGCCCGGCAUGGGAGGACACCAUCUCCUCAUGCCUCCAGGCUCACAGGCUCGCGUCUCACUGCCCGGUGGUCUAGCAAUGCACUCCAUACCUGGCAGACAGGUGUGUAUAGACACCGGGCUCCCCCCCUUCUUCCACAUGCCCCCCCCAGCCCAUGCUCAUGCCCCUGCCCCUUCCAGCCCCCAGCCUCCGCUCAGCCCCCACUCCAGCCACACACACAAGAACGGAGUCAAGUUCAACGUGAAGGGCUUCCAGCCGCUGGUCAACAACCCUGUCCUGGCUAACCGCGGACACACACACGCUCACACGCACACACAGUAUCACCGCAACACUUGGCGACGCAGAAAGAGGGACAGCCUACCGGUUAGCCUCAGCAGAUAGAAACCACUCCUCUCCCUCCCCCCCCCACACUUUUCCUGCCUCUCCUCUCUGGCUGCAAGACCCUGGCUCUUCGUUCGUCUCGAAGGAGGAUGGACAGGCAGACAGAGGACCAGAGACCAGCAGUUUUCACUCUGGGGCUGCUGCUUACAUGGAACAACAGCCCUCAGCUCUGCAUCUUCCUCCUACUAUCUCUACCUUUUCCAUUUCUGCAUGACUUUUGGUCACAGUUUUGUAGUUUCAGUAUUAUGUUACUUUCAGUAUUUUGUUUUCCUCAUCUUUGUUUCAGGUCGGUUCCUGUUUUGUUUUUUGUUAAUUUUUGUCGAACUUGGUGGCGAUUACAUAACCAAGCUCACUUGACCUCAUCUUGACCCCUGCAGCCAAGCUGCCUGUGGUUCAGUGUUACUUUUUUUUUUUUUUUUACAGUUUAUACACUUAAGAACGGUUUUUCAUUUUGUGCAAUAAUGUUAUUUUUCUUUUUGGAACUAAAGUAAAUGCUUAUUUAAUUUUGUGUGUAUAUGUAAAGGCAUUUUUAUACUGUUUUAUUUUUGUAGAAUUUUAAAUUUUGUUUACGAAACCUUUCCCCAGGCAGCAUCUCUGGAGUGUGUGUGUUCACUAGUUGUUUUUUCGGUGUGUGCGGGAGUGUGCGCCUGUCAUUAGGUUGAGAUGGACCCCCUCCUUCUCUUCUUCUCUCCUCUCUCACUUGUGUUCUGUGUGAAAAAGAGAGGCGGGAGCAGAAAGGGAUACAUAGAUCUUGUCUUGAUAUUCCUCCCAUAUUUUUUCAUCUGUCUUCAGAAAAUGGGCGAGGUUAACAUGAAAUUCCUUGUGGAAGUUUUGUUCCUCGGUCCAGUUAGUCUAAGGCAUCCUGGAGAGAAGUGGAGGGAUGAAAAUUGCACCCUGGGAUAUCCUGAGAAACGAAGGUAGAGGAUGGUUUUGGCCUAAAAAAAGGUAGCUCCUGAGCAGAUAGAGCUUUAGCAGUGCCACCUUGAGAUUGUGUGAAUGUGUGUGAAUGUGUAUAUCUGUGUGUGUGUGUGUGUGUCCCUUAUGGGACUGUGUUGUUGCCAUAUUUUGUCAGUCAGGGGAAGGCUGGCAGUGGCCUGCUAGUUUUGUCUUGGCCAUCUUUCUCUCCACUGGAGGCGUUUUUUUUAAAGAAAAG